AUGGUUAUCAAGCACGCCGUAUGGAUGGAACUCACGAUUGGUGACUAUGACUCGAUCCCGUCUCCGUGCUUACGCCUGCUUGACCAACCGGUAGUGGAUAUAAGGAGGCAUAUUCGACCGUGGCACGUAGGGUGCUUUUCGUGUGCUAAUGCGCGAGUCACGGACGCGUGCGUCACAGGCCAGUGUGUCACAGGCCAGUGUGUCACAGGCCAGUAUGUCAGCACUGUGGGAUGCGUCAAGUUGAAGUCAAGACGGUCCGAAUUGACGGGACAGAAACGUUGGCUUCCUCUGCAGACAAUUGGGUGUGUGGUGGGUCAGAAUUUCCUCAUGUCAUUUAGGGCAGAAGAGGAUCCGGUUUGUCUGGUGCGAAACUUUCAUCAGCACUACCAUGUUCUCCUGAACGCAAGCCUGGCUGAAGAACAAGCCGAAGUGGCGAAGGGAGAUUCGGGGGUUAAGGAGAACAACAUUUCCCCAACUAACGCUCAAGGGCCGCUUUCGGGACGACGACUUGUCCUGGACAUCGUAACCCGCUACCUGAAUGCUCUAGAACUCCGGCUGCGGGAAACUCUCGUCGGUUCGUCGGACGUCGGACUGUCUACACCAGUUGCGAACCAUCGCCAAGUUAAGAACCGGGUGCGCUCGACAGAGCAACUUUUGAUGCACAAGGCUCCAUCGGUCCCUCCUGAAAAUGGACUUAUCACCGAAAAGAAGACCACAGGAAGCGCCACCGGUUCCUUCAUUUCCAACCCUCUAGCGGCAAUCGCUCAGACGUUCUCCAACAGCCCGAUGGAUAAACCGCCAAUGUGCAAACCCUCAGUCUCCACACACUCACUUGGGUCCGACUUUUCACACCAAGUCGAUACUGACCUCGCUCCUAAAACCGAUGAGUCUAUUGCCAGUGCUACGUCCAAGACCCCUGUACCCACAGGAAUUGGAAGUUCAACCGAGGUGUCACGCCCUAUUGGAUACGAUCGGCAGUGGUUGGCUCCUUUGAUCAACGUGAACCUUAGAGUGGGAAGGGUGAAAAAGGACGGACCCACAGAUAUAGGGGUGGUUUCACCGGAGUCAGACGAGUUGUGCCUUAACGGAAUGACAGUCCCUUUCAGCUCCUCCGGCCAUGCUUCCAUCAGCCUUGGUUAUAGUAAUAUGUUUCAUAACACCACUAACCAUUUUGGAGCCGAUUACAUUGGAGGUGAUCAGACGGGAGUUGUCGGACUCCAUUUCGAUGACUUGAAGGUUAGCGAGCUCAAGGGAAGUGACUUUGUGGGAAUUGAGGACAAUUUCGGGGGUUCCGCUCCACAAGGAAAAGAAAGUGUUAACAAAGGAGCGAGUGUUGUGGAAGGAGAGAAGUCGGUUGAAGAGGAGGCAUUUGUGGGGGAAGAGAUUCGGGCCAGAGAUGUUGGGCCAGUGCAGAGUGACAUUGGACUACCGUUCCAGAGCGCGUCAAGCCUGAGUACGGUGUUGUCGUCUGAGGAGAAAGAGACGGAAGUUUUGGGUGAGACAUUGUAUAUUUUACAAGAGGUGGUUGGUAGUCUCAAGUUCUUGCAAGAAAGAGCGGUGUUAGUGUUGAUCCUUUGCGACGUAUCGCACGAUU